AUGAGUAGAGGCGCGGUUGAAGGUAACUCUACCUCCCUUCGUCCUGAUCCUCAAGAGCAAGCUCUUAUGGAUUCUCAUCUGUACAUGAAUGAACUGGGGCUUACACCUUUCCCCGGGUUCCAGCUGCGGGGCGAUUCCCUACAGGGCAAAGAGCAAGAAUGUUCCGUUGAACAUGCACUUGUCGAUGCCGGCAGACGCGGUGAAAUAGAUCAGGCGGGCGGUGAGGCCGUUGCUGAGAUUUCCGGCGUACCACGGACGGGUCUCGAUGAGAUCAACGCAGGAGCGAAUGCUACAGUUAAUGACAUGAAUUAUUCGUACGACCCUCUGUUCGAUUCUACGGUUCCGGAGCUUGAUUUUGUUUUCUCCCGCAAACGAAGCGCAGAAGAAUUGUCAGAUAUUUCCUCCGAGAAACGGCAGCGACAGCAUGCAGAAUCCCCCGAUCAAACGCCUUCUCUUACGACCAACUCGACGCAUGAAUCACAUGCAUCUUUCUUCGACACUUUCGACAGUCUAUUUGGAGGCGGGAUCGAAUUACCCUUAGUACUACCCGACGAACCUCUACCUGAUUUCAGGGAGAUACCCCAGGCUCCGUCUAGCCUGCAUAGAACAAGCGAAUUCACAAAGGAGGGAUUCUCUUUGGAUGAGCAAGACAUUCUUGCCACCACCACACGUGAAUUUUUGCAGGUGCGGAAAGAGCCUGAGUAUAAAUCUCCUUAUCCUGUCUCGGGAGGACCGCUAGGCUAUCUUCCUUCAAAUCCUGCGCUUCACGUAACAUGCGUUGCCGUGGGGGACGAGAAGAUGCUUAAUGAAAUCCAGAGUCUGCGGGCUCAGCUAUACCGGACGACACGUGAGCGUGACCAGUAUAAGAAGUCACUUUUGCAAUAUGCGGAACUGGACGGUUCUGGAAAGUCACCGGAACAGUUACUCCGUGAAGAAAAUGCGAUGCUUCGGCGUGUAUCAACACGACACCAAUCCCGAGUGGAAGAAUACAAGAAGGAAGCAGCCGCGUGGAGAAACAAACUUCACGAGGUCAGUACACUAUACAAUAAUCUCCUGUAUGAAAUCGAAGUUACAAAGCGGCUUCCCGCUAUUUCCUUGGUUCCAGCCGAGUACAAGCCACACCAAUAUGGACAACAAAUCGUGCCGCUACCUUCUAUGCAAAGUGCGGGUGCUGGCAACAGUCAGCCUGCUGGAUCUCCAACACGGCCACUAGGGCAACAAAUCGAUGCCGUCACGAUAGAUUUGACCCCUAAGUCGUCGUUUCCGCAAACAUCCACGAACUCUAUGCCUGCGCAGGUUACACAUGCUUACAACCAGCCAUCUGGUCCGCCAGCACGACAACCUAAACAAACGCCUGAAGCUAUUAUGAUAGAUCUGACCGAGGAAGAUGAACCGCUGCCUACUCCUCCACCUGAGCCAGAAGGUGCGGCGCUCAAGUCGUUGCGCAGCAAGAAGUAUGGUUGGCUAAACGAUACUUAUAAGUCCACUUAG